UUUAUGCAUAUUUGCCUUUUUAAACAUAAGAAAAAAAGAGCGAAAAUUCCAGAAUUUGCCGGCCGUCGUCGAACUCGUUUUCCGGCGUCAAAAUUCAACUUUUUUUUUCUCUCCGGCGAACUCUUUGCCCAUCACUUCCCGGUUUAAUUUGCGAAGCUCCAUUGUAUAACAGAAACUUGGUCAUCUACUCACAGGGCUGAUUGGAAGGACUGCUGGAAAUGGAUCUUCCAUGCAAAGAAAGUGACACGGAGGAGUUUUUAACACCUGGAGUAUUUGAGAUACCUGGAGAGCCAGCUGUUGUUAUUAAUGGGUUGCCUCCUGUUUCUUCAAAUGCUGACGUCAAUUUUCCUUGUCCAAUAGUUACUGAUGCAGAAUCACAUAAGAAUUCUAGUUUUGGUCAAUGGCUUGUAGGAAGAGAAGUUCGCAAGUUGUUUGGGGACCAGUACUACCGUGGGAAAGUUAUCGAAUUUGAUGGGGAAGUCGGUUGGUUCAGGGUGAAGUAUGAAGAUGGCGACAUCGAAGAUCUUGAGUGGCAUGAGUUGGAACAAGUCCUUCAGCCUUUGGACAUUACUAUUCCAUUGAUAACAGUAGCCACAAAGGUCAAUAAGAGAAAGCAGAAAUCCAUUCAAGAAUUCGGGGGUAUAACUAGAAAUCAAGGUAUAAAAGAUGACAAAGACAUGGUGAAGAAAAACACCAUUUUUAUGUAGAACUCUGGGCAUGUCAAACAUGGCAUGGCGUAUUUUAGCUCAUUAUCCAGCUUCAUGAGCAAGCUAUGAGAAUUCCGAGACAUCUUGUGGAGAAUGGUAGGUUAGAAGUAGUGAGUUGAAUCUCUAUAGUUUUAUCGACCAGUUUAAUACUCAUCAGUCCAAAGACAUCAUUUUUUCAGUUCUCUUGAAGUUCUCAUUCCAAGUAGUUGUGUAAAAAUACUUAGUCGGCGUUUGGCCAUAGAAUCCAAAAGAUUUCGCUUUUUUCAUAUUUUGAAAUAUAUGUUGCUGACUUCUUGUAAUUGAAGAUGGAGUUGUGCUUGAUUUUACUUCUUGUAAAAAAAUAUUUGGAAUGGUUUUUAUGCUUUAUUGUACUUCAUACAA